CGCAAUUUCCGCAACAGAAAUGUUCAUAACCGUUCAAGAGUUCGCCAAGGAGCGCUACGUGGUGGAGGUACCCCGCGAGGCCACUUUGGAAUCCCUCCUGCAAGCCAUCGCCGCAGUGCGCCCUUCGAUCAACGUGGCCGAUGUGAAGAUCGAAUUUCCCGAGGGACAACCCAUUCCAUCAGGUGCAUUGUUGCCCGCUGGGGUCCAAGAAGGGUCCACCGUCUUUCUUCGCGGACCGUCCUUGGGUCAUCAAGAUGACACGGACUCUGUGACAGCCGACGAGAUCGCAAGCACGAUCAUCGUCACGAACAUUCCAGUGGCAGACAAGACUUCGACCGAAAAGGCCAUCACAGAUUUCUUUUCCAAAAGCGGAUCGAUCAAGCGUCUCAUCUUGGACGGCGACAACAUCAACCAGCACGCAGUCAUUGUGUUUACUACUCCUGAAGCUGCCACCAUUUCGUUGCACCAUUCCGGCGCAACUCUGUUGAACGGCACCAUUACAGUGGUCGCUGCCAACUCGCUCUCUGCGGACGCUCCGCAUCCUUCGCGGUCUGGGGCAGCUGUGAAGUCCAUUGCGAAAGUUCUCGCCAGUGGGAUUUCGUCCGCCAAAGACUUUGAUGAACAGCACAAGAUUUCGCUGUCUGUGAAGAGUGCAGCGGAGGUUGCAAAGCUAAAGGCCAAGGAGCUUGACUCACAGUUCAAAGUGUCGGAGAAGUUCUCGGAAGUGGACGAAAAAUUCCAUGUGACUGAAAAAGCCACAAAAGCGACCAACUUUGCCAUUGGGACCGCUGGCCUCGCCGCAAAGUCGGCCAUGGCAAACCCCGUCGUGUCGAUUGGUGUGAAGAAGCUCGGCAGCAUGUUUUCGUCCGUCAUGUCGGUGGCAUCGCACGCGGUAGACGAAGUGAAGACCCAAAUCCUAGUGGAAGAUGAGAAACGGCUGAAGAGCCCCACGAGACAAUCAGGCGAGUCAUCGGUCUUUCCGUCGCCGGCCUCUGGGGUGGAUGGGCCUGCUGCGGCCCCCGCCGUGGUGCCUCCUCCCCUCCCGACGACGGUCGCAGCUGUGGCUCCGCCAGCGCCCGGCGGAAACUACAAGGACAUUUAGACUGAUUCCUUCCUCAGUAUCUGCCCAGCCUAGAACGCGCCAAGCAACGAGGACUUAGUCAGAUUAUUAAAUUCAAACCUUCGAUAUUUCGGA